GAGAACCGGUCGCGCGCGUCACGUUCUCGGCAUCGUCAGGUGAUCGCGCGCGCGCAGUUGACAGUGUGCACCUGGCCCGAAAGUCCGCAGCCGCAGCUGUCAAACGUCGGAAAUCCGCCUCGGCCCGAUACCAUGAUACGCUCCUGUACCCCGAGCGGGCGAUCCCGUGUGAACGUCAACGUCGUCAUCGACAGCGAGGCGUGGUGACGCGACGUCGGCCGACGAUCUCAGUUCGCCGGCAACGGGCGUCGCGACAGCUCACGUCGUAGAGUAGGCUUCCGGAAGCAGAUCGCCUCCCCGAGAGAAAGGGUGUACCACCAAAAGGGUACAAAGAAGACAAACAAGAGGACGCAAGGGGCGGAGAAGUGCAGUUUCGCAAUAAAAAAAAGGGGUACCGGAAGCACCGAGGGGGUGACAGGAGCGACGAAAGGAGCGAGGACGGGGUAGACAGAGGGGGGCAGAGGACAAAACACGUGGAUGCUGUGGCCGGUGUUGGGGGGGGAUGACGGGCUGAGUCCCACAGCGUCGCCCACGACGCCGGCGACGACCGGCCCCCCCGCCAAGGGGGUAAACAAACUGACUCCCCUGCUGCUCUGCGCCCCUUGCAAGCCCGGUGGCCACCGGAAGAACCAGAGCUCCACCCAGUGGUACGUGCAACAGCCCACGUGGCGUUUAUGGGGCGAGGAAAGGGGCGACGGCGUCAUAUACACGGUAUACCUAAAAAAGGUCCGAUACCACCGGCCUACGAGAAGUCUCUCAGCAUCGGAUUCCGACGACGAGAUCUCGCACUUGGAAUGGGAGACGGUGAGGGUGCGCUUCCUGAAGGCCGGCACGGUGCAGCGGCUGGUCGAGAGCCUGGCGAACGACGACGGCGAAUUGGAGUCCACCUACAUAAACAUCUUCCUGGCGACGUACCGGGCGUUCACCAGCCCUCGUGAGGUCCUCGAGCUGUUGCUCGCGCGAUACGACGCCCUGGACGGGAGCGCCGGUUGCGAGCAGCACCGCAAGACCCUGGUCCAGGCCCUGCACGUCUGGCUGGACGCUUACCCGGGCGACUGGAAGUCACCCCCCAAUCACCCCCUGCUCACCAGGCUCCUCGAGUUCACGCAGCAACGCCUCGUCGGCUCCGAGCUCGAGCUUAAGGCCAAGCACCGACUGCACCGGUUCCAGCGGGAGGAUCAGAUAGACUCCUGCAUGGUGUACGACAAUGGUCGACUACCCAUGCGCGGUUCCCCGGAUCCGAUGGCGGAUCACUGGGGGAACUACAUCUUCCCCGAGGUGCCCCACCGUCACUUCGCCGAGCAGCUGACCCGGAUGGACGCCGAAGUGUUCAAGAAGUUGGUCGCCCAUCAGUGCCUCGGCGCCGUAUGGUCCAGGAAGGAUCGUUCUAGAAGCCACGAAGCCGCUACAGUGGUGGCGACCGUGAACCAAUUCAACGCCGUUUCCCUGCGAGUGAUCUCGACGAUCCUGACGGACACGACGCUCAAAUCGCAGGAGCGCGCCAGGAUCCUCGAGACGUGGAUCGACGUCGCACAGGAAUUGCGAGUACUCAAGAAUUUCAGCAGCCUAAAGGCGAUCGUUUCCGGCCUCCAAAGCAAUCCGGUGUAUCGGCUGGAGAAGUGCUGGCAGUGUAUGCCCCGGGAAAAGCACGAGCUCUUCCGCGAACUCGAGAGGAUAUUCUCGGAGGAGAACAACGCCUGGACGCAGAGAGAGUUACUCAUCAAGGAGGGCACUGCCAAAUUCGCCGAUACUGCCGGCAGAAGUGACAGGCAUUUGCAGAAGGUCUUUCAGAAACAGAAUACUCACGCGGGCAACAUUAGCUAUGGCACGAUACCGUACCUAGGUACCUUCCUGACUGACCUCACCAUGAUCGACACGGCGAUACCGGACACGAUAGCCGACGGUCUCAUCAACUUUGACAAGAGACGAAAGGAGUUCGAGGUGCUCGCCAGGAUAAGGCUCCUGCAGGGCGCGGCGAACGCGUAUAACUUCAGCUUGGACCCUGUGUUCGAUCGCUGGUUCCACUCAGUGGUGAUAGUGGACGAUCGGGAAGCGUAUAAACUCAGCUGCCAGAUCGAGCCACCACCAGGGAACACCCUCAACAAUCGCGGCAAAAAGAAACAGGCUCAUCAAGGUCACCGGAAGAAUGAUUCGAUCGCCUCAACGUCCAGUUCGAGCAGCUCGCAGUUUUACUGCGACCUCGACUCCCUCCCGAGCUCGCCGCACAACUCGCUGGACCGGCGAACCUCACCGUCGCAAAUGUCCAGUUCGUCCUCGAGCUCGUCUCUGCCGUCCCUGGACGUGUCCCUGAGCUCUGGCGGAGGAGGUGGCAAUCAUCAGACUCGUCUGGCACCGCCGGCGGGCGCCGUGGCGGCCAACGGCAGCACUCCCAAUCUCGCCGGAUUGUCCAGUCCCAGUCACUCGCACAAAAGUUCGCCGGACUUCUACAUCAUUAAGGUCACUAUGGAGACGGACAACGUGGAGACGGAGGGCGUGGUGCUGUACAAGUCUAUAAUGCUGUCGAACAACGAGCGAACGCCGCAGGUUAUCCGAAACGCCAUGCUGAAGCUCGGCCUCGAGGGUAGCCCCGAUCAAUACACCCUGGCCCAGGUGCUACCCGAUCGGGAGAUGGUGCUGCCCAACUCGGCCAACGUCUACUAUGCUGUAAAUACUGCGCACAAUCUCAACUUCAUACUGAGACAGAGGAGGGAGCCCAACGACGUGGCCUCGGACAGUCCCAGGAGCAAGGGCAACGGUCACAAUCACAAAAGGUAGUCCUGAAACAGUCGCCGAGUGUCCAGGAUCUCCGAAGAAGAGAGGCAAAAGGUCACCUCGAAGUCGCCCGAUUAGUGGGACAGUUCUCGGACAGUUACAUGAACUUUAACCACGCGAAAUUAGAAUGACGGUUAGUGAAAGAGAGCAAAGUGGAGUCGAUCGGUGUAAUGCGAUGACAAUAUAGAAGACAAAUGCGAUGUUGGAGCGUACGUCAACAACUACCACAGCCAGAUAUUAAACUGUAAUAUUACGCAAAAUUUGUUAACAUUUUGAUAUUACAAUACUGAUGUCAGCAGUAUUUUAGUAGAUAUACUGUCGAUAACAAUUGGUAAUAUUAAUAUUACUAAUUAGUAUUAUUAACACAACGCUGCUGAUUAGUAAUAUUAACAAUACUAAUUACACAAUAUCGCAAUUGCAAUACAUAUCAGAGUAUUGCAGCUUAAUAUCCGGUUCGUCAUUAAGAUAUUCCGUUGUAAUUUAAAAACGAUGACUACUUAUUUAAUAGUUAUACAAUGUCAUUCGUGAAGAAGCGACGAUCACAAUAUUAGGCAUCACGAUUACCGCAAUCGACCGCAUCCUCACUCUCCCUCUCUCUCUGUCGCGAAUUGAGAAGAGCGAAGAGGGCGAAUCUCGCCGUAAUCUCGCGUUAAUUAAUUUGUUUAUUAAGAUUUACCAUGACAACCCGGUCGUUUCGCCUUUUCGACGCGACGCGAACGAGCGACGAGCCGUGGUAUGAUUAAGCGCGGUCAUUCGUACGACCGGAAGUGCGUAGACCCACGCACGUACCGCACACGCACGCACGAGCGCACGUACGCACACACGCACGUACACACACACACACACACACACACACACACACACACACACAGUCACACGACUCGUACAGUAUUCGAAGACAGAGAGCUCGGCAUAGUUGCGCAACCGAGCGAGCUGUUCUAGCAUUAUUCUAGGCGGACGUUUAGCGUGAGUCAUGCACGCGAGGUUCUUAUCGACGCCGCCGUGACGCAAAUAAGCCCGUAUUCCUGCCGCUUAGGCGUGUUACAGCGUCUACGAUGUUAAACGUGUGCGAUUUGCCUAAUCCGUUCUAUAAAAAGACGUAGAGAUCGUUGAUAUGAUUAAGAUAAUUGGAGAUUUACGAAUGUGUCGCUCCCCUUUCUUGCGCAUCGCGUGAAACAGGUGGCCACGUUUAGCGCUAUAUCUGCCUGAUAUAAACGCACGACGAUAUUGUAGGUCGUAGGAAAUAAUUGUGUUAAUUGUAUACUCAAGUGAAAUUUAGAUUUCUACCUUCUCUCGCUUGUCACGAGGGAGCCGUAUUUUUUAAGUGUGCUCUCUUUCGCGAAACGUCCUCCGUUCGUCACGAGACAGCGCUAAACGUGCGGCAGUAAAACAAUUUACGAGCGUCUACGACGACGGCAUGGCACCUUCGCGUGUACAUACGUGUAUGUACAAUACAAUAAACGUUACACGUGUUCUCGCGGACGUUAACGAGAUUAUAUAGAGAAAUAGCGUGGGACAAGCGACUCGAGCCGUUGAGGGUCGUUGUGAUUUUUUGUAAAUAAUUGUAAUUGCGUAGCGCGGUAGACUCGACCAAGCGCGGGGGAAAAGCUCCCCCUCGCGCGAAGGGGGAGGGUGCCCCGCCGGAAAAACUUGUCAAUUAUUAUCGCUACUGUUCCCUCUCGCGUACUCCAGAAAGCGGGAUCCGAGAUUAGAACUGCUGCCUCGUACUUGCUCUUCAAAAAGAGACCCGCGAAUUUGUCCGAUGAAUUGUUGUGAAGGCAAGGAAAAAUUCUGUGAUAAAGGAAUCUCCUAAUUUUUUUUCUUAUCUUGACUCACCGCGACGAAAUAGAGAAGACGAAAUCGGAAAUUUGAUCCGCAACGACCGACAAGCCCAUUUCUUCCGAUAUCACUGUGUGAGAGGAAAUUUUUCUAUAAGAGGAUUCGCGAGAUAGUAAUGGACGGCCCGACUGCGAUAAUUGGACAGGUUUAUAUUUUUCUAUCGUCAUGAAAAAGCCGGGGAAAUGUGCAGAAGAUAUGACGAAAUAUUUCGCUUGGACUGGGCGUUUAUCGAGUCGAAACGAAACUGUUAAACAAAAUUAGUAGAUCCGGUUGUAAUAGUCAGACAAGUUCGUCUUUCUCCAUUGUUGUAGAGAAAUCUUGGAAGAACCUAGUAAUAUCACUUUGAUAUAUUAUUUCAGUAAGAAAAUAAUUAAAUUAUUAAUUACUAUUUCUUUGACUAAAUUAAUUUAGCGUAAGCUAGAAACGUUAAAUGUUUCUUAUAAUUGUAACAUAUAUCAAGAUUAUUUUCUCUUGGAAAUAUCAUGUUAAGAAUAAUUUUUCUUAAAUAUUAUAUAAAUUAUUAUAUGUGUAAAUAAAAAACAAAAAUUAACGUAUUUAAAAAAUUUGUGGUAAAGAUUCUCAAUCAGUGUCGGUCAAAAUUAAAUGUUGAGCGUACUUUUAACGAAUUAACGAUUGGACGUUCGAGGGAGCGUCUAAAAUUUACAAAUACUUAUAUAAAAGUGCCACUAUUAUAUUAAUCAAAUAAUUGAUUUUUGAUUAAUUAAACUAGAAAAUAAUAAAAUUAUGUAUUACUCGACUUGUUUUGAAAUUGAAUGGUCCCGACGAUUAAACAUCGGAAAUCCAAAAGAAGCAGGCCAAGUUUUUCCACCCGGUCGCGCGCGCCCGGGAGCGGACACUCGUGGUGUCAAUCGAUAUUCCAUUAGUAAAACGAGCGCUAAAUAAUGGACGACUCAUUCGUCGCGCGAAAAAAAGUGGGCUUGUCUGGUUUUUGCCGGCGAACUUUGGUCGUCAGUAUCGAAACUCGCGUGCUAAUCAACUAACCCCGAGAGCCAUUCCAACCCCGUCACGUGUCGGUUUUUUUUCUCACGUUGAUAAAAUUUUUUCACCGGAGCUUUGCGAUACUCGGCAAACUUUCCGGGAAGGAGAUAGGAGCGAAAACAAAAACCGUGGUCGAGCACCCCGACAAUUAUUGUUUAGGUUUCGAAUAAGGUUCCUUUCUCCCACCCCCCGAGAAACAUUAGCCUUACACAAUUUUUGUACUUAUCUUCCAUCGAUUUUUUCCCCUCCCCCCUCUCCUUUCCCGUCCCCCGUUCGUUUAUCUAACUAGCUAUGUAUUCUCCUCAUCACGUGUAUGCGUAUAGUCGGCCUCGGAAAAAUAGUGAGACCGCCAUGCCGACGAGAAGCGAAGCUGUAUAUGUAGUACGACCUGACAAAAGUGAGAAUAGAUGGCCUACACUUUUA